GCCACGACAAAUUUUCGCGUUCACAUUACUGAAUAAUCAAUUAUACUCCCGAGCUGUUCUUCAAAAUGUCGCACGAAGUCUACAAUUACGGCGAAGGGUUGAUGGGGAAGGUGGCUGCGGACAACAGUCACAAGUGGGUGUAUCGAGAGCCUUUGGAGCACGAGAUCAGCUUUUUGUCUCCAUGGCACGGCUCUCUCGAUCCGCAUCCACGCACUUGGGAAGCUCAAUUCAAAGCGGGCAUCCAGGUACGUGGAGCUCUGACCAAAUUCAAGCGCUGCCCUCGGCUGCACAUCCCUUGACAUUGCUUUGCGGUCUCUAAUAAUUGCUGCUGUGCGAC